GCGGUAUAUUAUUAUUAAUUAGAAAAAAUAAUAAUUGAUAUUAUUUAUUUAUUUGUUCAAAGUAACAAAACUAAUUAGAAUAAGGUACUAACUAAUUACCGCUUUAUCAUAAACUUAUCUACUUAGCAUAAAGUUACUCUAGAUAUACAUUGUUAAAUACUACUUCUUCUAUUAUAGAAUUGUUUAAAUAAAUAAAAUGAAAAUAUCUAUAGUGAGUAUUGAUUCCUAAACAGGAAGUGAAAACUCACAAUGCUAAUAAUGCUGUUCAAAAGAACCUUGCUCUCAUAAAAUAAAAAUAAAGCACUUAUCAACGGGAUUUUUUAAUCGAUAAAUGAGCUCUGGAUAAGAGCACACAUUCUGCUUUGAUUCUUAAUCUGAUGAAAAUUUAAUGAGAAACUAUUGCACAUUACCUAAAUUUACACCACAUGGUCAACCAUAUCUUCCGUGUUUUUAAUCUGACUUUGAUUAAUAAAUAAACCUGACAAGAAGUAGUUAGAUGCUAACAGAGUUUAUAAAGAAAAAAAAUAAAUCUAAGGAUAAGUAGAAACCUUUAAAGGCACCUUAACCUUUAAAAAAAAGAACAAGAUGUCAUAUCUGCCAGAGAGAUUUUUCAGAAGAGGGAUAUUUUGAACACAUUGAGUCUGAAGAACAUAAAUAUAACUACUACAACAAUAAAUACUACCAAUAAAUUAUUUCCUUAGAAAAGUAGUUUAAGAAAGAUCUUUAGGAGAACUAAAAUAUGUCAUUUUCUGAUAACUCUUCAAAGGAAAGCAAAAAUGAUUCGUCAGGAUUAUAUUCUUAAGUUUUAAACAGCAAUAUUAAUAAUACAACUAAUUCUGAAGAAAAUUAAGAAAAUAACUUACAGUUUUCAGAUUGGAAUUUAGGAGAUUCCUGUGCUGCAUAAAUACCAAGCUAAUAUGACCAUUUAAAAAGCGAAAAUUUAUCAAAGAUUUAGAGUGAUUGUGAUGCAUUUAAUUAAAAUACUUCAGAUGAUGGCUCAGAAAGAAAGUUAGGAGGUUCCUUUGUUUACAAAGCAAUCGAUUUUAUUAAUAAUAUGAUUCCUAACUCAUUAGGAGACAUGCUCAAAACAUAAAAAUAAUCAAAUUAUUCUUCAUUUAUUUAUGAAACAAGAAGAAAGAGCAAAAAAAGAACAUACUCUCAAGUUACAGGAAAUUCACCACAAUUUGAUAAUUCAAAAAUAUUUGAAAGCCGAAAUAAAAUUAAAAGUUACGACAUUAUUGAAGAUAAUAUCACUCCUAAUAAUUAAAUACACUAAACUGAAUACAUACUUAAUAAGCAGCUUAAACUUCACAACAGCCAAAGUGAUAGUUUUCAGCUAUAAAUUCAAAAUAAAUCUACUACUUGCACCAGCUAAAAAGAGCCUUUGAUUUAAAAUAAAAUUAAAUAAUUAGCACCAUCAGCAAAUGGCACUUCUUCAACUUCUUUAUGGGAUAAAGUAAAAAAAGUAUUUUUUUCGAUAAUAAAAAAAGAUUGAGUUUGAUAUAAACAAAAAUAUCGAAAAAUAAUUCAAUCAUAAAAUAAAAAAUCUUGUUGAGAUUAUUUGCUUGCCUAUACUUACUUACUGAAUUUACUAAAUUACUGAACCGUUAUUAAUAUUCUUGGAAAUCUUGAACUGUUAAUAAAUAAUAUUAAAAUACUUUAUUAAAAAAAAUAAGUAAACUUGAGUAACUAACUCACUAACUUUAUCAAUUUCUAUUAAACAAGCAAAUAAAUAAAUAAUUAAUUUUGAUAAAAAGAUUAAAAAUUUUCCAACCAAAUAAAAUAAAUAAAUAGAUUAGAAAAAAAACUAAUAGUUUAGCUAAAAAAUAUCAACCAACCAAUAAAAAACAAACUAAAUAAAUAAAUUAUAUAAAAUAAAUUUGACUAAAUUAUUAAAUGUAAAAAUAAAUAACUAUAAAAAUAUUUAUUAUUUUGAAAUUUUAUUUAUAAUCUUAUUUUAAUUUGUAUGAUGAAUACAUAAUAUGCACCAUCAAUAAAUCAAUCAAUCAAUUAAUCGUAUAUAUUUUAUUAACUAUUUGUAAAUGUCAUGCUGUGCUUCUGCU